AUGAUAUGUGAUUGUUGUUUUAUUCGUAUAGCUGGUACAGAAGAAUCGACAUACAACUCUAUUCCAGUGCAAGAAGAAGUACCUGAAGAAGCUGGUACAGAAGAAUCGACAUACAACUCUAUUCCAGUGCAAGAAGAAGUACCUGAAGAAGCUGGUACAGAAGAAUCGACAUACAACUCUAUUCCAGUGCAAGAAGAAGUACCUGAAGAAGCUGGUACAGAAGAAUCGACAUACAACUCUAUUCCAGUGCAAGAAGAAGUACCUGAAGAAGCACCAAUACACAACUCUGAUGUAGCACAGCAAUCAGCCACAGCAGCUAAAGAAGAGCCAAUAUACAACUCUAUUGCAGAACUGGAGGAACCAUCCUCAAUAGCUAAAGAAGAGCUAAGUGAGACAACUGAACCACCAGCGGGUCAGUCUGAUGUUGCAGAGGCAGGAUCCCAGGAAGUGAAUGCAGAAAAAUAAGGGAGAUGAAUGGAAUUGGCUCACAAUAAUGCAGACGAAAGGAAACAUGCAAACAUAUUUGCUACAUAAUAAAGGAAUAAAGACUUUAAACCUAUCAUUGAUGUUAAAGUCUUUUUAUGUACUUCAGAAUGUAUUGCAUUUUAAAAGACUAUAACAUAUUUGCUUAUUUGAGAGGUUUAUCACUUUAUUGGCUGUCAAUUCUAAAACAUGCAGUAAUAUAACAAUUCUGUACUCAUACAAAGUGUUUAAGUCAUUCAAAAUAAAGGAUCUUUUGAACUACAA